AUGGCGAUAAACGGCGAUGCCGGGCGGGCAAUCGCUAUAAUGUGGGCGUUGACGGCCGCUACGCUCGUGUUCGUCAUCCUUCGUCUCCACGUUCGGCAAACAUUGAAGAUAACUGGAGUUGAUGAUUAUGUCUACUGCUUGCUCUUCCUGCUGUGUUAUACCGUCUUUACAACCAUAUCAGCUGCGUACGGAUUCGGCCAAAAGACGGCAGAUAUCAUAGACCCUCAGGACAUUGUCGACGCAAAACUUUUCGGAGUUAUUGGCCAGAUUUUCGCGAUUGUAGGUAUGGCAGUAGCUAAAUGCUCUCUGGGGCUAUUUUUCCUCCGCAUUGUUCAAUUGCGGUGGCAUAAGGCUCUUAUCUGGCUUGUCAUGGGUUUUCUAAUGGCCACUUCCAUCUCGGACUGUUUCGUCUUUCUGCUGCACUGCACGCCGCCGGGCUACCUUUGGGAUGAUAGAAUCAAGGGUGGUUACUGCCAUAUUGAUCACAUGCCAACUUCUCUAUUGGUCUGCAGUAUGUUGUCUGGUUCUUUAAAGGCCACAGAAAAUUCCAAGGGCUUACAUUUUCAAAGUUCUCUGCGUCAUUGUUGA